AGUGAGUGUGCGGAUGCCCACCAACACGGAGCUCGAUCAAUUCUCGCUAUUAUUUCACACAAUUAAUGAUAGUGUUCAAACUUCUACUGUAAUCAUUUGCGUUUCUGUUAGUCAUACAUAAAAACCAGUUGCAUGGCCAACCUGUUCAAACUUGGAUUAUUCGCUGAAUUCUACAGACUUUUUGACGAGCUCUAGAUGAAGCUGCCAAUGUGCUUAUCAUUGCAGUUGUAAAGCACUACUUGACUGUUAUCAGAAACAGAAGUCAGUUUCCGUCUUUGAUUUUCGGCGCAAAUUUCUGAAAUAGAGUGUAAUAUGCUUCAGAGCAAUUCAUUAAAUUCUUGUGACAUUAUAAAAAAGUGACCUUUUCUCGAGAGAGAACAUGCGUAGACAUUCAUCUUAGUGGACUUAUUUUCCUUCUAUUCAUUCAUUCGCUCUCAUCCACACACUUGGAAACCUGUAGCCUGUUGAAGUAGCAGAGAGCUGCACUCCUGUAGCAUACCCGCGAUCACUGGAGGCGUAUCCUGGGUGAUUCACGGGAAUGGAAAACAAAUCAUUCGAUGAAGGCGAAGAAAAUAGGAAAAUUCAAAACUCUUCCCCUUCCAGAGAUGAGGCUUCUUAUAAAGAUGAAGAAGUUUCCAUUCGAAUGAGGGAACCUAAAUCACGGAUGAGCCUCGAAGUACAGCAAAUAAAUUCUAGCAAAGAUGAAUUGAUUACGGAGCAAAAGGGGAACAUAGCAUCAAGAGCAGUGGUGAGAGUGCGCGGUGCUCUUUUCAACGUUGUCGUCAGACAUGGACAAAAAGUACACUUUCUGCUCACAGCGAUUGCAUUCUUCAGCAUACUAUGCUACUUUGGAGCUGUAUUCUGGCAUUGGGAUCGGCAAGGAAGGAAACCUUUGAAAUGGUGUACUGGAAAUGGCUUUCUUUUUGUAAUGUUCAUCAUUUUCUCUUUAGCAAUAAGUUAUUAUAAGGCGGUCAAGCCAAUCUGCCGACGAUUCACCUGCAACAAGGAAUCAUCGACUACUUUCGAUAUGUGUAUAAGAAUUUUCAAGCAACUAAUUUUCUACUGUCUAGUCAUAGUUCUUUUGGUUUACUUGAUUUAUGAUGCGUUUGGUGAAACAUAUCGACUCAUAUCAGUCGGUGGAAUGUUGACCUUCAUUUUUAUAGGCUUCUUUUCCUCUAAACAUCCCAAUGAGAUAAAAUGGAGAACUGUGCUCAUGGGUAUAUUUGUUCAGAUCACAAUGGGAAUGCUAACUAUAAGAUGGGAAUUUGGGAGAAACGUAUUCUUAUGCAUUGGUAAUCGCACAGAAACGUUUCUUCGCUUUGGAUAUGAAGGAGCUGCAUUCGCCUUUGGAAAUUACAUUGUACACGAAUUGCACGUAUUUGCAUUUAUGAGUUUGUCAGUAAUCUAUUUCAUGGGAAUGAUCAUAGAGAUGCUUUUCUACCUUGGUUGGAUUCAAAGGAUGUGCUUCAACUUGGGAUGGGCAAUCCAGAAUAUUUUGGGCACUACCAUCAUAGAAUCCGUUAAUGCCGUCACAACUGUUUUCCUUGGAAUGUCUGAAGCACCACUCCUCUACAGGCCGUACCUCAAAGAUCUGACACAAUCAGAGCUACACGCUGUUAUGGCCGGUGGAUUCUCUACAGUUGCUGGGACUGUUUUUGCUGCAUAUACAGCACUGGGUGUAAAUCCAGCCUACCUAAUAACAGCAUCUAUUAUGGCUGCUCCAGCCGCUUUGUGCUUUGCAAAGCUACUAUAUCCUGAAACAGAAGUUUCAAAAACAACUUCUAAAAAUUUUGUCUUUUAUAAAAGUGAAGAGAGAAGUAUAAUAGAUGCAGCUUGCAAAGGUGCCAUAUCGGGAAUAAGCCUGAUAGCUGGUGUGAUAGCAACCAUAAUUGCCUCAGUAUCUCUUGUGGCAUUCUUCAGUAGCACUCUGCAGUGGUUUGCUAGUCUGGUCGGUGUUGAAGGCUUCACGUUCCAGUAUCUAGUAGGCAAGAUUCUGUUGCCUAUACCGUACCUGAUGGGUGUGAAUCCGGAGCAGUGUGAGCAUGUUGCCAAACUUAUUGGAAUAAAAUUGUCUCUCAAUGAAUUCAUCGCCUAUGAAGAACUUGGCAAAAUGAAGAAGAUUGGGCUGCUCACGCCGAGAUCGGAAGCGAUGGCUACAUUUGCUCUUUGCAGUUUUGCUAAUCCUGGCUCUCUAGCAUGUUUCAUAGCAGUUCUGGUCAGCCUCUGCCCAAAUCAGAAACAAAAUAUUGGAAGAGUCGCAUUGAGAGCAUUAAUAUCUGGUGCAACUACCAGUAUGCUCACAGCAUGUGUUGCCGGUAUGCUGAUGCCUGAAGCUGGCUUUGGAGAUCUAGGCUGUACGGAUUGUAGUAAUAGAACAUCGUAUACUGUUCUAUAGAGAUUUAUCAUUCAAAUUCAUCAGUUUCCUUGGAAUUAGAUGUUUCCGAUAAAAACUGAAAACCUUGGAUACGUUUCAAUAAUAAUUGUAUGAAUUUAUUCUCUCAAGUAUUAUUCAGACUAUCUUCAGUAUUUUUUACAAAUGUUUUGUAAACCAAUUACUUAUUUUGACGUGCAAUUCCUUACAAAUGACUUAUGUGAUCACAUAUUAAAUAGCUUUAUCCUUU